AUGUCUAUCCUCACUGCUGUUCGUGUCGAAAAAUACUGGAAACUUACCAGAAAGACCUUCCAGUUCUCGCCGAAGUUUAAUGCCGUUCGUGGUGGAAAUUCCACUGGAAAGACCACCUUGUUCUCAGCUAUCAAAUUUGCAUUGUCGGACGAAAAUUCUUCUGUCAAUGACCCACUCGGAGAUGUGACUCUCACCUUCCAAGACAACAACGGAGGAAACUUCUCUUUUCGUCGAUUGAGAUCUGGUGGAAAUUCCAAAUACUUCUUCAACGAGGACAAAGUUGAAUUCACGGAAUAUUCCGAAGAACUCAAACAGAUCGGCGUCAAGCUCACCGUCGAGCAUGUAGUCUACUUGGAUUCUUGGAUCAACAUGAUUGAGAACCCAAAAGAGGUUCUAAAUCUUCUCGAAUCUCUUAAUCCAAAAGUUUCGGCUUUGAAAGCGGAAUGUGAGGAGUUGGGAAGAGACAUCAAGAAGGCGAAAAAGCAGGAUUUCAUCAAUAAGAAACGGAUUCGCCACGUCAAACGUUCAAUCGAAGCGAUUUCAGCACUGGCCACACGCAACUACCAACAAAUCUGCCAGAAGCCGAAUGUUUCUCUCAAAAUGGAAUUAGAAGAAAACCCACUAGACGGAGUCAUCAUGUCCCAAUCUGACGGAGGCUUUGUUUAUCAUGAACAAUUCUCGGGAGGACAAAAAGCGAGAGGAGCAAUGGCACUGGUUCUGGCGGUUGCUGAGAGAUCAGAGAAUUCUUUCGUAAUCUUUGAUAAUUUGGACAACACUAUUUUCCAGGAGCAUUUUCCGAUUGUCUCCAAGGGGAUCCACGCGGUUUCCAAUGAGAUACAAGUAAUUAUUGGCAGCCGUUUCAAGGAACUUGCAGGAUCUGCCGAAUCGGAAAUCCGUCUGACCGAGUUGCUCGAUUAA